UCAGGAUAGCAGCUUCAACGUGGAGAUACAUCUCCAACUCUCUGAUGUACCAAUGCAGGGGAUAUUUGCCAGGCACACAGAGAGACAGCUGCACUGCUACAGCGGGAAGGGAAUGUGAACUCAAAUAAAGAAUGAACCGGAUUGCCACUAUUGUGUUUCUGGUGCAGCUGUUACAAAAAGCAGAGGGGCAGGUCUUCCCAGGUGGUUGUUCCUUUGAUGAACACUACAGUAACUGUGGCUAUAGCGUGGCACUGGGGACCAAUGGAUUUACCUGGGAGCAGCUCAACACCUGGGAAAAGCCAACGAUGGAUCCUGCUGUCCCGACUGGUUCCUUCAUGAUGGUGAAUAGCUCUGGACGGGCAUCUGGGCAGAAAGCUCACUUGCUGUUGCCCACCUUGAAGGAAAAUGACACUCACUGCAUCGACUUUCACUACUACCUGUCUAGCAGAGACCGCUCCAGCCCUGGCUCGUUGAAUGUCUACGUGAAGGUUAACGGUGGACCACAGGGCAACCCCAUCUGGAAUGUGUCAGGGAUUGUUACUGAAGGUUGGGUGAAGGCAGAGCUUGCCAUCAGUACAUUCUGGCCACACUUUUAUCAGGUGAUAUUUGAAUCCGUGUCUUUGAAGGGACAUCCGGGGUACAUAGCUGUGGAUGAAGUCAGAGUCCUUGCCCAUCCAUGCAGAAAAGCGCCUCACUUCCUGCGGCUGCAGAAUGUGGAGGUCAACGUGGGACAGAAUGCAACAUUCCAGUGCAUCGCCGGGGGGAAGUGGUCUCAGCACGACAAACUCUGGCUCCAGCAGUGGAAUGGAAGGGACACCGCAUUAAUGGUCACCAGGGUGGUCAACCACAGACGAUUUUCUGCUACGGUCAGCGUAGCAGACACAUCUCAGCGCAGCAUCAGCAAAUACCGGUGUGUCAUUCGCUCAGAUGGUGGCUCUGGCGUUUCAAACUAUGCGGAAUUAAUUGUGAAAGAACCUCCCACGCCCAUUGCGCCCCCUGAACUGCUGGCUGUCGGCGCCACCUAUCUGUGGAUCAAACCCAACGCCAAUUCUAUCAUCGGAGACGGGCCUAUAAUACUGAAGGAGGUGGAAUACCGUACAACCACUGGAAACUGGGCAGAAACCCACAUCGUAGACUCCCCAAAUUACAAACUGUGGCACCUGGACCCCGAUGUGGAGUAUGAGAUCAGGGUGCUCCUCACCCGCCCUGGUGAAGGGGGCACAGGGCCCCCUGGGCCUCCACUCACAACAAGAACAAAAUGUGCAGAUCCAGUCCAUGGACCACAGAGUGUGGAAGUUGUUGACAUUCGCUCCCGGCAGCUGACCUUGCAAUGGGAGCCCUUUGGUUACGCAGUGACCCGUUGCCACAGCUACAACCUAACAGUCCAGUACCAGUAUGUGUUUAACCAGCAGAAGUAUGAGGCAGAGGAACUCAUCCAGACAUCCUCACAUUAUACCUUACGAGGCCUUCGGCCCUUCAUGACCAUCCGGUUGAGGCUAGCACUUUCUAAUCCAGAGGGCAAAAUGGAAAGCGAGGAGCUGGUGGUACAGACUGAAGAGGAUGUUCCUGGACCUGUUCCCCUAGAAUCUAUCCAAGGAGGACCCUUUGAAGAAAAGAUCUAUGUUCAGUGGAAGCCUCCAAAUGAGACCAAUGGUAUCAUUACACUCUAUGAGAUUACAUACAAAGCUGUUGGGUCCUUGGAUCCCAGUGCCGACUUGUCCAGCCAGAGGGGAAAGAUCUUCAAACUAAGAAAUGAAACUCACCACCUUUUUGUAGGGUUAUAUCCAGGCACUACCUAUUCGUUCACCAUCAAAGCCAGCACAGUGAAGGGCUUUGGACCUCCCAUCACAACACGUAUCGCAACUAAAAUUUCAGCACCAUCUAUGCCUGAAUACGACACGGACUCCCCCUUGAAUGAAACUGACACUACCAUCACAGUCAUGUUGAAGCCUGCUCAAUCCCGUGGAGCACCUGUCAGUGUCUAUCAGCUUGUUGUCAAGGAAGAGAGGCUGCAGAAAGCACGGAGGGCUGCAGACAUCAUUGAGUGCUUCUCUGUUCCAGUGAGCUACAAGAAUGCCUCCAGCCUUGACUCACCCCAUUACUUUGCGGCCGAGCUGAAGCCCAUCAAUCUGCCCGUCACGCAGCCCUUUACAGUGGGCGACAACAAGACCUACAAUGGCUAUUGGAAUGCUCCACUCUCACCACUGAAAAGUUACAGCAUCUACUUUCAGGCUCUCAGCAAAGCGAAUGGAGAGACCAAAAUCAACUGUGUCCGACUGGCGACAAAAGGAGCUUCCACCCAGAAUUCCAAUGCAGUGGAGCCCGAAAAGCAAGCUGACAACACAGUGAAAAUGGCUGGGGUUAUAGCUGGCCUUCUGAUGUUUGUUAUUAUCCUCUUAGGAGCUAUGCUCACCAUCAAAAGGAGAAGAAAUGCAUAUUCCUACUCCUAUUACUUGAAACUAGCGAAGAAGCAGAAGGAGACUCAAAGCAGCACUCAGAGAGAGAUGGGUCCCGUUGCUACUUCAGACAAGAACACCACCAAACUCAGCGCAGUUCACAAUGAAGAAGCUUUUUCUUCCACCUGUCAAGAUGUUAAUGGAUUCACAUCAUCCUCUCCUUGUUCAUUUUCUGUCCAAAGCAAAACACUUCAGAGCAAAUCUUUGUUGAAUUCCUACUACUCAGUAUCAUCAGACACUGUUCCAUCGACUGCGCUGCUAGGUAAGAAGACAGAGAGCAGCCACGGGGAGAUGACCCAGCCAACUCUGACCAUCCAGACCCAUCCGUACAGGAGCUGUGAGCCAGUGGAAAUGUCCUACCCCAGGGGGCAGUUCCAACCAGCCAUCCGAGUGGCCGACUUGCUACAGCACAUCACCCAGAUGAAACGAGGACAAGGCUACGGAUUUAAAGAGGAGUAUGAGGCGCUACCCGAGGGGCAGACGGCAUCUUGGGAUACGGCCAAGGAAGAUGAAAACCGCAAUAAGAAUAGAUAUGGAAACAUCAUCUCCUAUGAUCAUUCAAGAGUGAGACUGCAGCUGUUGGAUGGAGACCCUCACUCAGACUACAUAAACGCCAACUACAUAGAUGGAUACCACCGGCCUCGUCACUAUAUUGCAACUCAAGGUCCUAUGCAAGAGACGGUUAAGGAUUUCUGGAGAAUGAUUUGGCAGGAGAAUUCUGCAAGUGUUGUCAUGGUCACCAACCUGGUGGAAGUUGGCAGGGUGAAAUGUGUUAGAUACUGGCCAGAUGACACAGAGAUCUACGGAGAUAUUAAAGUCACAUUAAUUGAGACAGAGCCAUUGGCAGAGUACGUCAUACGUACAUUUACUGUACAAAAGAAAGGCUACCAUGAGAUCCGAGAGAUUCGGCAGUUCCACUUUACUAGCUGGCCAGACCAUGGGGUUCCUUGCUAUGCCACAGGCCUCUUGGGCUUUGUUCGGCAGGUGAAGUUUCUCAAUCCGCCUGAGACGGGGCCUAUAGUUGUACACUGCAGCGCUGGUGCUGGAAGGACAGGGUGCUUUAUUGCCAUUGACAUCAUGCUUGACAUGGCGGAGAAUGAAGGUGUCGUAGACAUAUUUAACUGUGUGCGAGAGCUACGAUCCCAGAGGGUCAAUUUGGUACAGACAGAGGAGCAGUAUGUCUUUGUACAUGAUGCCAUUCUAGAGGCAUGUCUCUGUGGCAACACAGCAAUUCCGGUUUGUGAGUUCCGAUCCAUAUAUUACAACAUCAGCAGACUGGAUCCACAGACAAAUACCAGCCAGAUAAAAGAUGAAUUUCAGACCCUCAACAUUGUGACGCCGCGUGUUCGACCAGAAGACUGCAGCAUUGGCCUCUUACCCAGAAACCAUGACAAAAAUCGCUGCAUGGAUGUGCUGCCCUUGGACCGGUGCCUCCCUUUCCUUAUCUCUGUAGAUGGUGAAUCGAGCAACUACAUCAACGCUGCACUCAUGGAUAGCCACAAGCAACCCGCUGCCUUUAUUGUUACCCAGCACCCUUUACCCAACACCGUACCAGAUUUCUGGAGGCUGGUGUUUGAUUACAACUGCUCCUCCAUAGUGAUGCUGAACGAGAUGGAUGCUGCACAGCUCUGCAUGCAGUACUGGCCAGAGAAAACGUCCUGUUGUUAUGGUCCAAUCCAGGUGGAGUUUGUUUCAGCAGACAUUGAUGAGGAUAUCAUCAAUAGGAUAUUCCGGAUCUGCAACAUGGCCAGGCCCCAGGAUGGAUAUCGUAUAGUACAGCAUUUGCAGUACAUUGGCUGGCCAGCAUACCGGGACACCCCUCCAUCCAAACGCUCCCUCCUGAAGGUGGUCAGACGGCUAGAGAAAUGGCAGGAGCAGUACGAUGGGAGAGAUGGACGCACUGUUGUCCACUGCCUGAAUGGUGGUGGACGCAGUGGCACCUUCUGUGCCAUCUGCAGCGUCUGUGAAAUGAUUCAGCAGCAAAAUAUCAUUGACGUAUUCCACAUAGUGAAGACGUUACGGAAUAACAAAUCCAAUAUGGUGGAGUCACUGGAACAAUAUAAAUUUGUAUACGAGGUUGCACUGGAAUACUUGAGUUCAUUUUAGCCUAGCAGAGAUGGGGGUCUACUGGAUUCCAGACCCCCAAGUCUGAAGAACACUUUUUUUCCCCGCACUAAAGGGCAGUAAUGGGUGUGGGGAGAGCCAGACUCUCCACACUGAAGCAAGGGUCAGAGAGUACUGACCUCAGUGCCAUUGGGAGGAGAAGGUGAUCCCUGUGUUUGCUGCUGCCUGCUUUCUAUUGGAGCAUCUACUGCUUCCUCCUAGCGUACAAAUUGGCUAAACAGGAGACGGGCUGGAAGACUGUGCUUUCUAAUCUCCUCCAACCUCUUCUCUACCACUUUGGAUGUGUAUUUUUGCUUUCCUUGAUACAAAGGAAAAAAAUACUGGAAUAUUCUAUCUUUUAAACAGCUCCUUUUUCUGUUUUCAAAUCCCACCCUUUAAUUUUUGAAUUUCGUGCAUCAGCCAUUUGGAAAAAUGAGAGAACCACAGGGAACACGUGAGACUUUUGGUUACAAUUAAUCCACCUGAUCUAUUUUUUUCAAGUGAAAAUGCCAUCAACAAGAAGUUGAAGUUCUCUUCCCCUUUCCUGUUCUCCCUAGACAUAAGACUAGGUGGUGGAAUUGGGAAGCUGUUCAUGGAUUCGCUGCACCAACUACUACACAAGCUUUUCCUUCCAGAUCCUGCUUGACUUCCAAGACUGUGCAUGAACUGGUUACAUCUCUCUGAUUCAUGUUAGUGUCCUGGCUGGUGAAGCAAAUAAUAAAAAAAUGGGUUUCACAGCCAUUUGAGCAAACAAACCCUCCAUCAAACCAAUUGCAUUUGGUUUGUAAAUUUGCUAUUUUUUUACCACAUUUUUCAAGGAUUUGCCGGGGUGCAGUGUCUCUUUAAAAAGAAGAGUAUAAAGUAGAUACCUGUUGAUGAUGAUGAUAUACUAUAGAUCAUUAUUAUUUAUAUCACUGUAGCACUUAGGAGACCUAGUCAUGGACCAGUAUCCCAUUGUGCCAGGUCCAGACACAGAACAGAAAGAUAAUUCCUUCUUCUGAGUUUACAGUCUAAGCGUAUGUCUCCAAUGCAGAGUUAAUCUGGAUUUUUACCUGAGUUUUAGCCCAACCCCUCUCCCCACCAUCCACACAGGAAAACCUCAAACCUGAUUAUGGAAAGGCUUUAGGUGUGGAUUAGAAUGCAGGUUCCUCUUUAACUCUGUCCAGAACCUGAUCACUUUGCAGUGAGAAUGCAGGCUAAAUCACUCUGAUGCCCUGCCCUCCAAUGCACUGCCCACAAUUCCUCCCUAAGGACGGAAAUUCUUCUGCAAUAGACUAGGAAAGAAUUUUAGAGCACACCUCAGAACAAAUAACAUGGGAGAUGCCUCCAGGCACACACAGGUGAGUGCAGAAACAGUGAGGACACACUAGCACAGAUAGGUCUUUGUAGUGGGGAUGCUCGCAACUGGGUGUGCAGAUCCAGGUGCUGAUCACCUGGGUUAACUGUGCAUUGUAGACAUAGCAACCGUAUGAUUUUAUUUUGGGGAUUGACUAAGCUUUCUAUGCUGUCUGUACCCAAACUGUUGUACAAUCAGACCUAAUUGCGUGAUUAUCUAGCUCUCCAGGCCAUGAGAUUUCUAAAUGGUAACCCAUUCAGGCUGUAUGAAAGGUUAUGCACAUUAAACACAAAACUAGUUUGGUAUUUUCUGGUUUUGUGAAAAGGUAAGAAAAAUGUUUCAGCAGCACAGGAAACUUUACAUCACAAGCAAAAAGGUAUUUGCUUUGCUCUGCAAAAAUUUCUGCAUUAAAAUUUCCAUUAACUCUUUGAAACAAGCCCUGGAUAUGUGUUGCCCAGUCUUAUCUCUUUGUAGCUAUAGAAAAGUGUGUUAACUGGUUAAUCAGAAAAAGGUUAGAUUUUAAUCUCAGAGUGUAAAUUGAUUUAGAUGAACCAGAUCUUUCAGUAUUCAGGAUUUUUAUUUAUUCAGCUAUGUAUCUUAAGGCAGCAGAGAUAAGAGGUGGUUGUCUGCAUUUGACUAGAUUCUGGGAAAGGCAGGCUUUUUAAAAUCUAGACUUUCCAUCAAAGCUUGACAGAAGAAAAGAGUUUAAUAAAACUGUAACUCCUCAUCCCUCAACGGAGUUUUCCCAUCCUUUUGUCAGUACCCAGAUCCUUCAAACCCAGAGCCUAUGGUUGGACCCUCUGUCACACUGAUUUUCCACAUGUGGAAAGCAGUGUAACUAUGUCUAGUUUCAGCUUUCAGUGACUGGAUUGCAUUAUACCUUUGACAACCAAGCAGACAAAAGUGUAACGCAGUCCAAUGGCUGGAAGGUGAAGUUAGACAAAUUCAGACUGGAAAUAAAGUGUACAUUUUUAACAGUGAAAGCAAUUAACCAUUAGAACUAUUUACCGAAGGUGUGGUGAGCUUUCCAUCGCUGGCCAUUUUUAAAUCACAAUUGGAUUUGCUGUAGCUCAAAGAGAAUUAUUUUGAGGGAAGUUCUGUGGACAGACUAGAUGAUCACCAGGGCUCUGUCUGGCCUUAGAAUCUAUGAAUCAGCAUUCUUUUUUUUUAAAAAAAAAAAUAUAUUACCAUGUAUCUUAGUUCAGAAGGCACCCCUGAGUAGUUACCACUCGUUAGACUUCCCACGUUAACAAGAGAUUUUGGAUUUUAGGCUUGUCCUUACAAGUGAGUGUCCUGAAAUAAGGUAGCAAGUAAGUCCGAUUUUGUCCCAAAGUAUCCUGCAUGCCGUACAGUACCUGUGUCCACCCACACCCAUUCCGUUGUGCCCUUUUUGGACUGGUUCCUUGUAUUGUUUGCAACAAAAACACAAGAUGAUGUUGUGUAACUGUAGAGGAGUGUUUAGUGCGUGUGUGCCAUUUUAUGAAAACAGAAUUUCUCUUUUUGCCAUUCAUCCAUGCAAAGAAUCCUGAAAGAAUAUAAGAAGAGUGGAGAAACUGUUGUGCAGGGAAUGCAAAGGCAGGUAUGAAAAUUAGUGGUUAGAUGACAGGUAGCAUGUUGUAACUAUGUGGUGCAACAAAUGUGGUGCUAAAUUCCACUUGAAUGGAGGAGGAAAGGAAGCACUACAUAGCGGGCCAGGAUUUUUCUCCAGUUGCAGAAAUUAAAUUAGGUUAUGUCUAAACUGGCACCUUCAUUGCUAAAACUUUUGUUGCUGCAGUGUAGAGGAUGCCUUAGUGUCAGUUCACUCGGUCCAUCAAGUUAAAGGAAAUCAUUCCCACCCGCCCAAAUCCUUUGCAAAGAAAAAGUGCUGUGUGUUUGAAUACAAUUCACUCAUCUUCAGCCAGGGUAUUUAAAAAGAAUUGCCUUCUGUUCCGUGUGAAAAAACACCCCCCUGAACAACAAAAGUUUUAGCGACGAAAAGCAUCUGUGUGGACAGCGCUUCGUCAGUGGGAGUCAUGCUCCUGUUGACAUGCUACUGCCGCUCCCUGGGGGUAGUUUUGUUUUGUCACCAGGAGAGCUCUCUCCCGGCAAUAAAGAGCGGCAACGCAGUGCAACUUACAGUGGCAUGACUGCCGCGGCGCAGCCGUGCCAUUGUAAGGGUCGCAGUGUAGAGGUUGCCUUAAUGUCAGUUCACUCAGUCCAUCAAGUUAAAGGAAAUCAUUCCCACCCGCCCAAAUCCUUCGCAAAGAAAAAGUGCUGUGUGUUUGAAUACAAUUCACUCAUCUUCAGCCAGGCUAUUUAAAAAGAAUUGCCGUCUGUUCCUUGAAUUAUUCCUGUUUGGGGGCCUUGGCUGUGUGCUUGUUGGUUUGGGGGUUUAUUAUUAUUUUUUUGGUAAUCCUUUCAUAACAUAAGUUUUCUUAGGACCUCAUUCACUGCUUACAAUCAAGUUAAUAUCUUGAAAACAUCAACUAAUAUUCAAUGUGCACUAUAGUUGUACAUGGAAAUUCACAAGAACGUACUAGCAAUUGAGGUCUCUGUCUAAAUCAGAAAUAGGACACACUGGAUAAUAGUUCAAACAAAAAGGGGCAGAGAGGUGGGCAAUGAGAUCUGUCAGUGGCAAAAAGGAAGAUAAACAAGAAUGUGAGAAGCAGGGGCAGCUCCAGGCUUAGGGAUAGCACGAAAGAAAGUGGAUAAAUAGACAAAAGUAGCAGCUACAAAGGAGGCUUGGGUGGAGAGAAGUAGGUGUCAGACUUGAGAACAGAGCUUAUCUGGGAGUAGAGUUGUGUGAGGAACUCAAAGGUUUGAGUUCAUUGAUUUGGUACUCAACACAUGACUCAAUCUAAAUAGAUAAAAGAGGUGACGGGAAUUGAGUAGAGGGACAGAGGGAAGAAACAGUACCAGCCAACACAUAGCAUAAAGUUGCUUAUUAAAUCCUAUUUGAAAUAGUGUAUGCAGUCCUGGUCACCCUACCAUAGGAAUGCUAUUAAUGCCUUAGAGAGUGCAGCACACAGCAAAAAAGAUACCACCAGGUUAGAAGAAUGAAAUAUGAGUUGGGUUUAUUCUUCUUAGAGGAAAAAAUAGAAGCUUUGAAGUGAGCUAACAGAGGCUUUAUCAAUCCUGAAAAGGAUUACUAGUAGUAGGGAGUGGAAUUGGCCUUUAGUAAGGCUUUUGAUAUAGUCCCCAAUGACGUUCUCAUAAGCAAGCCAGGGAAAUGGACUAAACAUAACUACUAUAGGAUGGGUGCAUAACUAGCUGAAAGACCAUUCUCAAGGAGUAGUCAUCAGUGGUUCACUGUCAAACUCUAGUGGGGUGCUGCAAGGAUCUGUCCUGGGUCCAGUACUUUCACUGAAGACUUGGAUGAUGGAGUGGAGGGUAUGCUUGUACAAUUUUCAGAUGUCAUCAACCUUGGAGGGGUUACUAGCACUUUGGAGACAAGGAUAAGAAUCCAAAAUUAUUUUGAUAAAUUGGAGAAUUGGGCUGAGAUCAGCAAGAUGAAAUCCAAUAAAGACAAGUGCCAAAAUACUGUAUUUAGCAAGGAAAAAUCAAAUGCACAAAUAUAUAACUGGGGAAUAACUAGCAAGGCAACAGCAGUGCAGAAAAGGAUCUGGGGGAUGUAGUGGAUCACAAGUUGAGUCUGUGGCAACAGUGUGAUGCUGUUGUGAAAAAGGCAAAUGCUAUUCUGGGAUGUUAGUGUAAUACAGGGGUCCCCAACGCGAGAGGCGUCGCCGCCAAAAUGCCGCAGAAAUUUGGCGGCAUUUCGGCGGAUGCUCCACCGCCACGGGCGCCAGACGAAAAGGUUGGGAACCACUGGCGUAAUAUAUAAGACACAAGUGGUAAUUGUUCUGCUCUGUGUGGCACUGAUGAAGCCCCAGCCGGAGUACUGUUCAAGUUAUGGGCACCAUAUUCAGGAAAAAUGUGGAGAAAUUGGAGAUAGUCCAAAGUAAAGCAACAAACUGACAGGACAUUUAGAAAGCGUGACUUAAAAGAUUGAAAGAAUUGGACAUGUUCACUUUAGAGAAUAGAAGGUUGAGGGGGGGAGGCAUCAUAAGUCUUCAAAUGUGUAAAAGAGGGAUGGUGAUUGAUUGGUUUCCAUGUUCACUGAGGGUAGGACAAGAAGUAAUUGGCUUUGCAGCAAAGGAUUAGGAACAUCUUUAUCGCUCUAGGGACAGGUAAGCACUGGAACACUUUACUAGGGAGGCUGCGGAAUCCCCAUCAUUUGAGAUUUUAAGAACCAGUUAGACACUUACCUGUCAAGGAUAGCACAGGCAUGCUUAAUCCUGACUCCGUGCAGGGAUAUGGACUAGAUGACCUCCUGAGGUCCAUUCUAGUCCUACAUUUCUAUGAUUCUUUGAAAAACACUAGAGGAAUUUAUUUGAGGACUCCAUUUUUUCAUUUGAAAUAUAGGAAAAUUUGAUACUGACAGUAUUUCACCAAUUCUAAUGAGUCUCUAUCCUAGUUUACAACCAUGCCUCGGUGUUCAUAGUGUGUGCUUAUGAAUGGCACAAUACUGGUCUUGGUGAUCAUCUAAACUUCAAGAAACUGGGAACAAUUAAGGAAACAGGAGGAACUACCUCAUGCAAAGGAUAAUUAACACGUGGGAUAAAUUGCUCAGAGGAUACUGAAGCAAAGAAUCCAAGGGAUAACUAGACAAUUUGCUGUAGAUGAAAGAGACUAAGGGUUUGUUUAGACGAACAGUUAGUGCACAGCAAGCUGGGGUGUGAAUCUACAGUGCAAUAGUAUGCUAUGUGCUAGGUGUCUGUGGCGACCCUGCUACCACACACUAAAAGUUCCCUAGUGCACUUUGAUCUACCCUGCUUUGAAGCAGGAGGAGAUAAAAGUACAGUAGGGAACUUUUAGUGUGAGGUAGCAGGGUCCACAUGAACAGUUAAUGCAUGAUACGCUAGUGAUCUGUAACUUUAGGCCUUAGCUUUCCGUGCAUUAACUGUUUGUAUAGACCAGCCCUGAGUGGUUUGAUCAUGGGGAUUUGGGGGAGGGGGGGGUUAAAAAAAAAGAAGCAGGUGUAUAAGAGCAGCAGAUCUUCUCAUAAUUUUUUUACCUUAACAUAAUAUCUUCAAAAUUAGAUCAUGGGCCAGUUAUUUAUUAUUUUCAAAUUUAUUUUGGGGUGGAACAGUGCACAUUAUAUAAUGUAUAUGGACCUGCGGUGCUAAAUGCAUGGCAAGUCAUGAACAGUUUCGCCAUUCGUGGGUGCGUUAUCACAUCCACAUCAUUUGUGGGAUUCAGCCAAAUAACAAGUGUUGUCAAGCUGGCACCACAAAGAGUAGACGCUUGUAGUUCCAUUGGACUCACUUUGGAGACCUUUGGACAAAUUCUACCUUCAAGUCCUUUAGUGCAAGCCCAGUGGAGUGUAAAUGAGGCCAAAAUAUGGCCCUUGGAGUCUAAUUCUAUCUUAAGGCCCAACUCCUCCACCUUCACUCACAUUCAGUACUACCUCCCACAGGUGAGUAGUCCUGUUGAAGUCUGUGGGACUACUUACAGGAGUAACGUAUGUAAAUAAGCAUGGCAGAACUGAGUCCUUGGGUAGCAAAUAAAGGUGAUUUUGAUUAUUUCAUUCUUGUCCAUAAUUUGACGUGACCAGUUGUCUCUGCUCAAGAGAAACUUUGGACUGAACUAACAAGAAGUGCUUCAGUUCAUGACUGAAGUGCUUUGGCAGAGUUGUACAGAACAACUAUAUGGAACAUAGUGUCUCCUUGCACAAUACCUUGUUCCAGCCAUUUUUUUGUGCUCUGCUGGGUAUCACUCUAAUCAAGUUUUAAGCAUUUAAGUUUGUAAUAUUUACCCCUUGUUCUGUGUGCAUGAGCCAUUCGGCCAAAUAAAAGAUUUUCACAUCUAUAGAAAAGCUGUAGUCUCUGGCUGUUCCCAGUACACCGAGGCAUUCUUACGUGUCCCAUAACAUCGGCACUCAACGUAUCUUAGUUCUUUGAGCCAUGUAUUGUGUGUACAUUUGUACAUACACAAAUGUACACCCAUACUAAUACAGGGAGAUGUGAUUUACAGACCAACAUUUAAUAUCUAGCGACAACUAGAAGUGAUGAUUUAUAUCUUCAGCUAUAUAACUGAACCGAAAAUAGCAAAUGCUCUCACUGUUCCUCACGCACAAACACUCAAAAAGAAUGACCAAACAAAACACAGAAUGUUACAUAGAAAUUUUGGGGACUGCCCAGGCCCCUAUAAAUCUGGUAUUUUUAACCCUUCCCAAACAUCAAUGUUUCAUGCUUUUGGAACAGAAGGGGAGGCCUACUAUUCUUUCUAUUCCAGGAGGCUGAGUGGGGGAAAUGAACAACACUGGAAAGAGAUGUUUCAAUGGAAACUCUCACCAUGUUCUUUCUCUGUGUUAUUCUCAUUCAUAACCCUUUACAUUAUGUGCUGCUGUGUUUAUGCUAAGAUCAGAAGAAUGCAGGUAAUACCAAAUUCCAAUGUUUGAAGCCCCCCUACCCACCGCAGGGCCCAAAUGGAGAGGUCAGGACAUAGCAGAAGGAAGAGAAGGUUUGGGAGAUAAUACACCAAGAAACAAAUUAAAGAAGGGGUGCUCAAGCUGAGGUCUUUGAAAUUUGAAGUAUCCUUGUUUGUAAAACCGAGAACAUGAUCAAAUGCUCUCCCAGGCAUGCAUGUCACCUCUGUAUUCAUAUAUGGGAUAUGGGGGUGGGGACAAGUGAGUUGUCUGCCAGGAAAAUAUAAUUGCCUUGCAAUUAAUUUAAAGAGAUCAGCAUUAUCUGGUGGUAAAAUUCCUGUGCUACAAUUACUCUUGAUGUUGUCCCUGUGCUACAUCCACAGAUAGUAGUUCAAACACUGCCAGGGUCAUCUCAGAAGCUUGCUGGGGGCCUGCUGUGCUUCUAAGGGUUCUUUCAGUCUCUUUAGUUUGGAACAGAUGUGCUGUAUGUGAGGGUGUGUGGACGGGGAUGACAAGGAGGCAGAUGCGCCAUCUGAUAUAUGAUACUUUGCAUAGAUGCAAAUCUCAGAAUGGCCAUUGACUGUGCAUUAGCCCACUAACGGCUGCCAGAGGGCUUUGGAUAUUGUGCCUCCUAGAAGAUCCUGGAGCAUGUGUUAGAAUAAAAUGCUGUUAGCCUCUCUUCUCCUCCCCCUCACCCCUACAAUUCAUUAGCCCGGACUGGGUGCCCAGCUAAUCAAAAGGUAAACAUUAGCCAUUCAAUAUAUCAGUGAUAGUCACGCUGUUAAUUCCCACAUAUGUUAUUUAUUUAGAUGUUGGUCUUGUACAAAUUCCUGACAUAUAUUUAACAAGACACGAGUGUCACCUCUUGAAGUUUUAUCUCCAAAAGAACACAGUACUUCUUUCUCCAGGUACAGCACCAGGUUUAUUAGCCAGCAGCAUCAAUGGUGGGCUGGUUCAGUUAUUGGGGGUGCUACUGGAAACAACCACCAUGCUCUAUCUUUUAUUAACCUAGAAUAUCAGAAUUUGUCCUGCUCUUCCAGGGUUUUACCAGUUUAUACAUAUAUGCUAGAAGAAUGUAACAUUUUCCAUGAUUUAAAACAGGAAUGUGGGGUAGGUCUAUUUUAGAUUAUAGCAUGUUUCAACAGAGAAACUGAAUUUGGUCCUCUCAGAUGUGAAAACCCAUUGAGACCGGAAAGUAAGUUAAGCAAAAUAAUGUUCUUACCAUAAGGCCAAACGUUGGUGCCACUGAAGUUAAUGACAAAACCCUUGCUGACAUCAAAGGGCCCCUAGUCUUGAGACUUUCUUUGCUGAGGGAGGAGAUUUGCCUCUCUCUGUAAAAAGCCUCCAUUGUAUUUAGUAAACUACAAAGAUUAAGCCACAAUUUCAUGUUAACCAGAACUUUUGGCAGCGCCUUCAGUUUGUAAAAGCCUUGCAGUUCCCAGUUCCCCCUCCUCUGCACCAUCUCAAAGCAUCUAACAGAUUUUCUGAUCCACAUUACCCUUAAUGCAUCCUGAUCCUCUGGAAACAGAAAAAUAUGCACUAGAUUGAAAGACUUGGAUUUACCAUUAGGCACAGAGAAUUCCAGAUGGCUGCAUUUGUAAUGUAAACUAUUAAUGUGCAAGGGAAUGGGAAGAUUCUGCACGAAAAUGAAUGAUAAAUGCUGGUGAUUGUAGGGGCUUUCCUGGAAGAACAAACGGCUGAAAUGGAAAAAAGAAUCAAAUGCACCAAAAUGGGAACCACAAAGCCUCUAUAAUUCUGGUAUUUAUAACCAUUACCCAACACCCAGCUGUAUCAUGCUUUUGGAACAGAAGGGGAGGUGCAAAUAAAAGUGUGUACUUGCUAGGACCAAUUCUGAUCUCAUGUACGCUGGAUUUCCAUCAGUUACCAGUGUGAGAUCAGAAUCAGGUCCUAGGACUAUACCGAACAUUUGUUUAUACUAUAGCAGAUGUACCUCUAAUGUGUAGUACCAUGGAGGACUAUUUGCUGGUUAUAUCCAUGAGCCAGUGGUUUCUGACUGGAGGCCUUUGAGACGCCGUUUUUCAUGUUGAGUUGCAGAAGCGCCCGUGUUUGCAGAAUGCAGAGCUAAGCACAUGGGAGCACUGCCACCAUACAGCAUGCUUUUAUGAGUUCAUCUACUCUAAAAAUCACCCCAAAGCAAAUGGUGAAGUUAAAAGCUUUGAACAGUAUCAAGUGAUAUCUCUAGUGUGUGCAAAACAGAACCGGCAUUACCCUCUCACCCUUCUCAGCCAUUCUUACUUCUCCAACACCGAUGCUCUCCUUUAUGCCAAAAGAUUUAGCUGCAGUCUCACUGUGUUCAGCUCAUGCAAACUAAAUCCACCUCCCCAUUGACCUUUUCACCAUCCUGCUGAAACCUAAAUGUAUGAGCCUCACUCAAAGGUUCUUUACUAGAUUUGUUGCCACUUGACCCAGCAACGCUGAGGGAACAUCUGGGUAAGCAGCAUCCUGUAUCAGCUGCUAGAUUCCUGUUUCAGUGCCCUGGAUGCAACUAUUUUGCUGGCUGGGAGAAGUGUGGCAUGAGAAUUAAAAUCUCUUUUCUGUUGCAGUUUCCCCGAGUCCUCAUGAUUAUUGUACAGUUUGGAUGUUUGAUAGAUAAAGCACGGUACAAUAAAAAUGAAAAAAAUAAAUAAAUACAAAAAAACUCAGCACUGUGCAUUCAGUGUUUUUUUCCUUUCUGGCUUAAAAGAAGGAAGGUAAAUAAUGUCAAGUCAAUGAAUAUCAGAUAUAUUUUUUGACUGUACAUUACAGUGAAGUGUAAUUUUUUUUUACGACUGCGAGUCCAUCUUAUUUAUUCUUGUAAAUUUUCCCAGACAAUGUUUGUAAUAUGGGCUGUGUUGCAAAUCCAUACAAUAAAGCUGUGAUCCAAGAUGAAUGGUUUACUAAGAGA